AUGUUUCCACAACUCUUUUCCACUGCAGCAGUCAUUGCGCUUUCGACAGCGGCGCCCAGUCCCCGGUCUGUUGAUGGAUUCGCAGCCAUCCCUCUGUCAUGGAAGUACGGCGGCUUGCCCAAGAUCACCGCAGAUAUUGUUUGGGGAACUCCGGGCCAGAACUCGUCAGUAGAAACCGUCUUCGACACUGGUAGCGAUGGAUUCUGGGUCGCAGGACCAAAUAACUUGGCCUUUUACGGAACCAAAUACAAGGGAGACAGAGGCCCUUGCAACGAGACCCUCGUGCCGUACUAUGACUGGACGGUCUCCACGACACAUACUCCUGCAGUGGACAACAUCUUCUCAUAUGCCUAUGCAGGAAACGCGCAUAUCGUCAAGACCUUCUACACGAUGAACGAUACUAUCGGCUUCGCACAGAGCAGUUACCCGAAAUUGCCGAACCGAAGGGUCUCGGUGUCCAACGAGACACUGCUAGCAACGGGAGACGACACAACCUGCGGUGGAUACAGUACCGACCACAGUAUCUUGGGUAUGGGCCCAGGUGCUGAUUUCCGUAAAGACCUCUUGGAUGAUGGCGCGGUGUCGUCCAACACUUUAAGCAUAUGGUUCGACCAAGCUCCUGACGACCUCAAGGGCACGUACAGCGGCACCGCACUUGUUGGUGCCCUACCUCCCAGCUCCAAAUACAGCGGUAGCCUCACCACGGUCGAGUCAGAUUGGUCCCAAGGCAACUAUUAUGCGACAACACCAGAGUUUAGGACAGCACCCCUGAACAACACUGGUAACACAAGCGUCAUUCCUCUCGAGUUCACGCCUGCGACGUGCCUCUUGGACAGCGGUAGCCCGAACCUGGAGUUGCCAAUCAGCACAGACAUCACAAACAUUACUGGCCUCACCGUUGUCCCUUUCACGUCAAUUCUUGCGUAUGAGGGUUCCUGUGAGUCGAUCCCAGCUGCAGCGACUCUUGACUUCAACUUUCAGAAUGUCACAAUCUCCUUGCCAUACCGAAACCUUAUUCGUGGCUAUCUCGACGGUGUUGAGCCUGGAUACUGUGUCCUGAGUGCGUUCCUCGGUGAGACAAGCUGCACUCUUGGGGCGCCGUUCUUCUCAGCGGCUGUCAUUGUGUUGGAUGAUGCGAACAAGGAGAUUUCUCUGGCGCAGGGCGGUAUCUCGACUGGGGCAACUGAUGGGGUCAGAAGUCUGAGCGGCGCUCAAGUGCUGCCCCAACAAACCCUUUAA